CAAAUUUUAUGCGCAUCAGACCAGAAGCAGCCGAAACAACCAAGACUGGCAGAGGAUAGGCUAUCUCCGGCCAACUCAAGAUCCUUUCGGUUUCCGAUCUAAACAACCCAUUUCCGGUUAUAUUGUAACCUCAUUUUCUCCUUCUUUCUACUAUCUUCAUUCCUCCACCUGAUUUAACAUCCGAGAGAGCUGUUUCUCUCUCCAUUGGUAGCGACUGGAGAAAGAGAGUAGGAAGAUAACAACAAGGCAGCCUAGAUCUAACCGAGUCACCGCCAUUGGACAGACCCAGAAGCCCAUUCUCUGCCGUAGCGAAGUUCUUUAUUGCAACCCUUCUCAGUUCAGCUGCAAAAGAAUUUCCGCCACAAUAGCUCUCAUACAACUUCCCAUACGAAGGAGGUGAUCAACCAUGUUUCCUGGACGUUUCUGAUUCAAAGUAGACUUGGUGGACAUCAUUUGGAGCUCACCAAUCAUCCAGCAACCUCAUAUUGACUCUGCUUCGUCCCGAUUCAGACUCGACUCGCGACUGGAGAUACUUCGAGGACGGCAGAAAUCAGAUCGCAGCUUGGAAUUCUUGUUUGUACUCUUAUUCUAGUAAUAAACUGAGAUAACUAUCCCGGGAAGGUCUAAAAAUAAAGCCUUUGAUUUGGCAGCUUGAGAGAGAGGCAUGGCUAAUAUCAAGCAAAUACUGGUAGUUUUAGUGACUUUAUUGGUGGCAUCAACAUGUGUGCCAGUCUCUCUCUGUGCCAAGAAACCUGUUUUUAGUGCAAGAAAAGAGGACAUACCAUACAUCAAAUGCCAAGUAUGUGAAAAGGUAGCAAAGGAGUUGUACCAGCUGGUAGAAAAAAAGAAGGCUCAGUUCUUACCCAAGAAGAUCUCAGAGUAUCAAAUCAUUGAGAUGGCAGAGAAUAUGUGUCACUUGAAGAAGGAAGAAGCUGAUUGGAUAAUGAAGAUUGACAUAGUGGAGCAAGGGGAUAAAUUAGAGCUGGUAGAACAAGAAGCUGAAGGUCAAUGCAAUUCUGAAUGCAAGACAAUAGAGCGGACUUGUCAGGAGGUUCUGGGGAAUUCUGAUACUGAUAUUGCUGAGUACAUAUUUAGCUUCAAGCCCAGCAUUGAUUCAGUGGUUAACUAUUUGUGCAAAGACCUGACUAAUGCAUGCAGAAAGAAGCCACCUCCAGUUCCCAAGGAUAGGAUUCCUGGAGAACCAUUUGUGCCAAAACCAUCUAAAGAGGUUGAAAUGGAGAAAAUACUGAGAUCCAUGGAGGGGAUGCCAGGAGCACCUAACAUGCAAAUGUAUUCAAGGGAAGAUCUGAUGAACAUGAAAAACUUUGGUAAUGAAAAAGCUGAUGAUGAUGAAGAUGAAGAUGAAGAUGACGAGACAAACUUCCCUUCAAAAUUGGCAAAAGUUCUGAGAGAGAAAGAGAGCAAAAAGGAUGACUGGAAAGAGAAGAUUGCCGAAGGAAUCAAGACUGCAAGUGAGACACUGAAGAGCCAUGUGAACAGUGUCUCCAACAGGAUGCGACAUUGGUGGAAAGGAAUAAAAGCAUCAUGGACAAAUAAGAAUUCAGAGACUGUCAAAUUAGAGCUUUAGAACUCUGUUCAUUGCCACCAUAUUAUUCAAGGUAGCAGGUUUCUUGCCAUUUUGUUCUUUUGCUUAUGAUAGUGAUUUGUUGUUUUAGGCUUAGAUCACCAAGAAAACAUGCUGGUUAAGCAUGUAAGAAGGGAAAGGCUAUUUUUUAUGAAAGAGUUCCAUGAUACGGCACUUUUUUUUUUAUUGAUCAUCUUAAAGAACUUUUGUUCAGUUAACAUUCGAGGUCAAAUCCUAAUGUUUUUUCCCUUA